CUGAACUUUUUGGCAAGCAUUUGGAACGUGAACGUUUUUUUGAUGCAGUUAAUAUACUACUUUCAUUACAGAGUAAAAAUGGUGGUUUGGCUGCAUGGGAGCCCGCUGGAGCAUCAGAAUGGUUAGAGAUACUAAAUCCGACAGAAUUUUUCGCUGACAUUGUUAUUGAGCAUGAGUAUGUCGAGUGCACCGCUUCAUCAAUUCAAGCCCUGGUCUUUUUCAAGAAAUUGUACCCCGGCCAUCGAACGAAAGAGAUAGAAAAUUUCAUCACCAAUGCUACAAAGUACCUUGAAAAUGUGCAAAGACCUGACGGUUCAUGGUAUGGAAAUUGGGGCAUAUGUUUCACAUAUGGCUCUUGGUUUGCCCUCGGGGGCUUAGCAGCAGCAGGAAAAACAUAUAACAAUUGUGCGGCUGUUCGUAAAGGUGUUGACUUUUUGCUAAGUACGCAGAGGAGUGAUGGUGGUUGGGGGGAGAGUUUUCGCUCUUGUCCCGAAAAGGUAUAUCGACAACUUGAAGGAAAUCAUUCAAAUUUGGUACAAACUUCAUGGGCCAUGAUGGGGCUGAUCUAUUCUGGCCAGUCGAAUAGAGAUCUGAGACCGCUCCAUGCUGCAGCAAAGCUUAUAAUAAACUCUCAGAUGCA